AUGAUUAAAUUUUUUCGUAGAAAAUUUUUUAAAAUAAAUAAUUUUUUUAUGAAUUACAAAAAAUUAAAAACAUCAAAAACAUUCAAUAUAAAAAAGGAAAUUAUAAAUAAUAGCAUAAAGGAAAAGAAUGAAAUACAAAUUAAUGAUGCAUUAAAAUAUUUUUCUAAAUCUGAAAUUUUUUAUUUAUUUUUUAUUCCAUUCUCUUUUGUCUCUAUUUACCUUUUUGUAAUGUGGAAUAUUUUCAAAUACAUUUGUGAUAUUAAAGACAUAAAUCAUUUCUUAAAAAUUCUUCGUUGGCUAAAAGGAAAAGAAUCAUAUCCAUUUGAAUAUCUGCAAAAUAAAAAGAAAAAGAAAACAUAUAAUGAAUCUAUUGUCGUUGCUGUAAAAAAAUUUGAAUAA